AUGGCGCCGAGCGUCCAGCCAGUGGUGGCAAGGAGAGCACCAGGCAACGACGCUCGCGGCCGCGCCCAGCAAGAUGCAAAAGGCAUAUGGUCGAAAGUCGCUGCUGCAAAGGCGGCCAAAGACGACGAAGUCCGUGCCCUCCUUCGAACCAAGCCGCGCGAUCGCGCGGGAGAGGUCUUGGCGGCGCAGACUGUGCACACCGCCCGCAAGUGGAGACCGGAAGGUUCCAAAUACUUCCCUCUGACGUAUGGCGGAAACUUCAAACCACCUGCUCGUGGCGAGGCGCAUCCGCAGAUGGCGGUGACGGCCAGCAGUUUCGCCUCAUCGGGAGCUACCAUGCCGGGCGAGUGCAAGUUGAAAGAGCUCUUGGACAAUUACCCAGAGAAGGAAGUAAAGGCGGCACCUGAAUCCGACGAGGAGUCAGAGGACCGAUUGGGGAUCAUCAAUGACAACAGCGCGGAGGACUUGGUCGAGGCUGUUUCGAACCUGUUCAUGCAGAUCCCCAUCGAGGCUUUCGGUGACAAUGGUCAAGGCGUGGCCCAACUUGCCAGAAAGCUCGCAGACGGUCACAAUGCCAACUUGAACAGAGAUUUCAGCCAGAAGUUCCUGCAGAUGUCGAAGAUACAGGUAGAGGUGCAGCGAAGGAUGCGUGAGGCCCAGCUCUUCAUUGAGGAUAUGGAGACUAUGGACAGCAGCAAAGAGGAGGUGCCAAAACGCCUGCAGCGACGCAAGAGCUCCAUGCUGAACAACAAUAUGAUCAAGAUGAUCUCGAGCCAGCCGUCAGUGAAGUUCCAGAAAGCUCCCGGUGACGACAAGAGCCAGUCUGAGGCUGUGGCCAACCAGAUGCGAACCAUCCGCCGGAUGAUGAAUUCGCUGAACUGGCCCAACCUCCAGCACGAGUUUUCCAAGUGGGUGAAGAACUUCAUAGGUGUGGAGCAAAGCAUGCGCGAGUUCUUCCGUGUGUGUGAUGCCGAGAUGGACAACGGGAAGGACGAGCAGGCAGACGAUGAUCGCGACAGCGUUUGCAUCGAGUUGACGGAGCAUGAGCUGAGGCUCACAGAGGGCCUGAGGAAUUACCAGGCGCAGAUGCGAUCGACGCUGGAGGAGUUUUCCACACUCGCAACCAGCGAGUCCAUGAACAAGACGAACAGGAGGUUGGAUCUUGCUUUGCAGCGCAAGGCCAACGAAAAGCAAGCGCAAAUACGACGCAUCUCCAUCCGCCGACAGCUGACCAUGGGCGUUGGCGGCGCAUCCCCGCGCCUUUCUCGAAGUGCCUCGAGGCGCUCCUCCCGAACGUCUCAGCCCUCGCGGUCGGCUUCGCGCGUAACCUCCCGAGCUCCUUCUACCGAGGCGUCCGCCGACAGCAACGAGGCCGCUUCCAGCAACGCUCGGCAG